AUCGUCGAAAUGCGUGGGGACAUUUUUACACAUCAUAGGACUGAAACGAGUACGGCGCGAUUGAAGGUCCCAUUAUGUGUACCAUUUUAUUGCCUUUUUUUCAUUCUGACUCCCCAAAUGGCGUGUUAGAAAGAGAUGGAGAAUCCUUCUUCAGUUUCGGAAACCCAGGCAGGCAGUAUAUCCCAGACAAAAUAAUACUGGUGGAGCAGAAAUCGCGCCGCGUGAAAUUCUACCGUUGAAAAUGUGCGCUUCACACGCAAUCCAUUCAGCGUUCAUUUUACUCGAAUGCCAUACUUCAGUCGGUUAUCAAUAGAUGGAAUUGUGUGCUUAUUCGGCAAGCUCAAAGCUAAAAGUUGGAAAAAUCUAAAGCGCGAACAACGGAAUAAAACUUCGAGAAAAAUCAAAUGGAAAACCACAAUGAAAGCUUAUUGUUAUCAUUUGUGCUGCAGAUGGCAUGCGAGUUGAAUUAUCGAUCCAAUGAAUAACUACCCCUCGUCAGUGCACUUGCGCCGUACAGCCCUGACAACACGCUCACCGUGUUACGAACAGCGGCGUACUCACCCAAUCCUUGUACUCACCACUCCGAAUCCAAGUGUAGGGAGCAUUUUGGUCGUGUCGAAUGUUUCCCUCUAGUUUCAUUUAAUUGCGCGGUGACCCGGUGAAUUGCGACUCUGUUCAAAAUUUUCCCCUGGAACAAACACGACAUGCCACUACAUCGGAACGAUGAGCGUAGUUUUCCAGUCAAACAUAAACUCGAAAAGACUUUAUCAUCGUUUCACUUCAAAAGAUGUAGAAACACUUGAGAUUUCAAACAAUAAAAAAGCAAACCAUCCAAAAAUAUUUCGAAAGACAAUAAACCAUUUCCAAACUAAACGAAAUUGGAAAAGAAUUCAAGUGUGACAUUGAAAAAUCGUGGCAAGUGAAUUGUUUCUUUGGAAACCUUUUGCGCAAAUUGCGUUUCAAUAAUCGUUGACAAGUAACAACAACAACAAUAAAUCUCACUGAACUACAGAGGAAAACGGAACAACCACAACUACGAAAAAAAAAAACCCGAGGAAAUGUGUUCCCAAUGUGUGGUUCAGCAAUAACUGGGCCGAAUCCCAAAAUUGUCGAAAAUUCGUUAGUGACGUGAAUUUUAUUUCGGCCGUCGAUUUGGCAAAUCCAAUAUGGAUGAAUGCCACAAUGUUGUAAUUAAUCUUGGUGAAUUUGAUACAAUUAAUGUUGAUGACGCAACUGGAUGUAAAAUGGGUCAAACAGAAAGUAAAAAACGUUCCCGGUCCGUUGAGACCAGGGGUACGGCAAUGUCAUUCGGAUUUAAGAAGAAAUUACCGUCGCAAAAACGGAGCACAUUAACUGCUGAUGGUGCUCAAUUAAAGGACAAUAGUUUGAAUUCGACAAAUAAUUUGAAAACGGACAAUGCAUGCUGCAUUGGCAACAAUGAUAAUAAUGGAAAUUCGGUGGAGUCAAUUGAAUCGUUGAGUGAUACGGGUCGUUCAACGCCACGGCUGUCGCCACCAAAGAAAGAAGCAGCAGGCGCUCCAUAUCGAAGCACACGCUUUGGAUUCCGCCUUAAUAGGCCAGCGUCAACGGUGCCGAAAAAUUCGAGCUGCGAAAAUGUUGUGAACAAUAAUCAUUCAGAGGCUAAACUUAAUGCUAAGCCACGUUCGAAGAGUGCGUGCGGCUCACGUCGUUCGAUUGCAUCGUCGGUUACAAGCAAUGAAUCGCAUCAAAGACAUCCAACCGUUCACUUUCAGCUGCCACCAUCGCCGAUAUCAUCGCCACGUAAACAGUCCGAAUCAUCACAGUCAAAGAGGAGCACCGAUCCGAAAAUAGAUAACGAUUCGAUGAUUGCGACAGCCGUCAAUAGUAACAACAAUAACUAUGAAAACAGUCGACACAACACACAAAUGCAACGGAAGAUGUUUUUCAUGCAAUCCAAUCCCAUUCAAAACACUUUCAAUCAGAAUAAGCCACCAAGCGGAAAACGUUCGUACACGAUCAUCAACACCGAGUUGCACACAAACGAAAUUCAUCGUCCGACGCCACAAGCGGCAACGACAAUCGUCUCGAAAUUCACAUUGCACACAUCUAGUUUACCGCAGCCACAGUACCCAGUUCCAUUCAGAGUGCCAGUUAGCUUAGCACCACGCUAUUCAAUGGACGUGAAAAAUGCCAAACAAGCAGCAAAUACCACAAAGAAAGGCUUUCAGGCAUCGCAACGUGAAAUAUCGGCUGAUUCGGGCAUCGGAAGCCUAAGCAGCCACAGCAGUGGCGCUAUUGAUGUAAAAAAAUCGCCACAGCGACAAAGAAGUCGACCGAGAAACCUUGAAAUGGUUUUCAGUGGACGAAAUAAAUUUCAUGUACGCGAUUUGGCCGAAGAUUCACUUUCCGAUGAUAGUAUACAACCGUUGGCAUUGCCACAACUUCCCACUGUGUACAGCUCAAAAACUCAACCUGCUAAUUUGAGUGGUUUGGUUCGAGCAACAAAUAACCACGGCAACAGAGCUUCGAUCAAUUCCAUCGACAGCAUCAACAAACGCAUUGAGUUGAGCAAUCGACAAAUGUCGUUCAAUUCAUUGGGUGGUGAAACGGUUGAAGAGGAAAAACUACAACGGGAUAAUUCGGUCACAGAAAAGGGGAACAAUCGAAUGAUGGUGGCGCCUGCAUAUCUCAGCAAAAGCCCAUCGGCAUCCAAUUCUAUAACCGGAAUGAGCAUCGGCGAGGUGAUGGCUAUAAAAGAUGGUUUUAGCAUAAGCAGCAGUGAUUCGAGCAAACGGAAUAACAAUCAAAUGGAAUAUGAUGACGAUAUCAGUACGAUAACAUCAACAACUGACAACAAAUUUAAUUCGAUCUCCUCAACAACAAUGCCUCAAUCACAAUUUGAUACACCGUCAGCACCAAAUACGAACGAUGUGGUGAAAGAUCGAAAGUUCGCAGCGCUAACUGCUUCUUUGAAUGACAUCCUAAUUGAUGACGAAACAUCACCAUCAGACAGUCUAAUCAGUAGUACAGCAUCGGAUGACCUAAGCUCCAAGAAUAACAACAAUAACAAUAAUAAAAAGAAAAUCGCUGAGGCGAUCAAAGAUGCCGAUGAAAAAGAUAUAAAUGACGUGUCACCGAUUUUCGAAGUGGCUAGCCCGAUAUCGCAUGGAACGCCAACACAUGCAACGAAUUCGUUCUCAUUUUCGGACGGUGAUGGUGGCCGAGAUUUUUUGAUUGAUGACGAAAUAGCCGAUCAACCAGUGCUAUGUUUUGGCGAUAAUCAGGCAUCAAGUACACAAUUGCAUUCGAUGAUUGAUACACCCACGCUAAAAGAAACAUCAUCGGCAAAAUCGUCAAUAAAACGAAAGCCUACAUCAAACAAUAACAGUGCCACCAAUUCGUAUGCACCGCAGGCAAAACCACGGCAAUCAGUCAUUUCAAGAGCCGAAUCGCUUGACACUCUAUCACCAUGUGAAUCUAUUUGCUCGGACGAUUUAAUGAUGGAUUUCGAGUGCAACAGCAGCAUCGAUUCCAUUGAUCGAGUGUCCAGAUCGAAUCCAAGUGCGGUGGGGGAUGCGAACAGCAUUAAUGGCAGCACAACAAAAGUCAAUCGACUUGAUGAAGCUCAACUGUGGAACGAAUUCGAACAGAACGGUGGUGGACAUUUCAGGGAUUGGAGCUAUUUAUUAAAAACGUCGCGAAAUAAAUGCCAAGACAUUUCUGUUUCUCAGCUUCCAGCUCGAUCAACGCGACUUUUGAAUCGGUCUCGUCUGCAUCAUACCAAUCUCAAUGGCACAGAGAGUCCACGUUCAAUUGAAAAUUUGAAUUUAAUCCAUAAAACAGUAUCGCAAUUUGGACGCGACUCUGCCAAUGGUUCUCCGGAUGAGCAACUCUUUAUGCUGGAUAAAACCCUGCGAAAUUCUAUGAUCCAAGAUGUACAAUACUGUAAACAACAGUUGCUGCAGUUGCGUAGCAUUUUGCAGGAAACGGCUUCUCUCAACUCAUUUGAAAAUAAUAAUGGGAAAUUCUUCGAUGCAUCCGGUGGAUAUGACGGUACAUUGACCAAUGUGGACUGUAAAGAACGUGAUAAUUAUUCACCAUCUUUGUCUGACGAUCCGAAGCAUGAUUUGGUUGACCUCAAACGUCAGAGUCAACUCGAUGAUAAGGAUCGAACUAUUCGAAUUCAGCAAAAUUUGAUAAGCAAGCUUGAAGCAGAAAUGGAUCAAGUGAAUAACGGUAAAAAUGACAUACAAUCCGAACAAAUGAUUGAUACCGUAAACACCGCAACGCAGACUGAUCGAGUGCGACCAAUUUCAAUGAAUUUUGACGGAUCGAAUAGAAAUGACGCGGGCCAGGUACUAUUUUGUGAUUGUAUUUUAUCAAUUGUAUUGCUAUGUUCGAUUAAUAUCAUUUGCUUUGUGUACUUAUGCCUAACAUGUGCCAGUUCAAGGCAUUACAAAGACUGUUAAAUUCGCACAAAGUUCACACACCCACAUACUCUCCACUCAAAAGACAAUCGACAAGCAAACUGAGAGAAUUCAUGUACAUUUUUUUCUAAAGAAAAAUCCAUUUACACUCCAUACACACCUAGGGGCAUUUAACUCGAGAAAAAUUCGUUUUAUGCGAAGAAUAUGCGCUUCAACUCAUAGUAUGUGGCGAUUUGUUCGUACUAUGCGUAUUAUGCGGUGCCUAUUCGUUAGAAGUGCACACAUUCGAUGUCCGAAUACUGCACAUAGACCAUUCAUACUGCGAAUAAUUUCGCAUGAAUUCUACUAAAAUGUUUCCUUCUCUGAUUGGUCACACGCCACAAUAUCGACUAUUUUGAAUUCAAAGUGCAACGACUUUUUUCAUGUAAAAAUUCAAGAAAUACUUGACUGCAAGUGUUUGAUUUGUACUUAUUUCGGCUCACAUUUUUUGCUGAUCAUUUUUGUUAACUUCAUAUGGAUUUUUUUUUAUUUAUAAUCCAGAUGCUAUUUCCAAGUAUAAUGAAUCGUCGCACUUAUUUUUUCAACGAUUUUUAUAUCUACCAAAACUAUCGGCGAUUUUACUUCAAUAUUUGUAUAAUAUAACAUUUUGAUUUUCGUUUUCAUUCUUAUUCUUUGCUAUUAUAUUUUAAUUUUGUGUUAUAUUUAAAUUCAAUUUUCAUCAAUUAAGAACAAUCUCAUUAGCAAGAGAUUUGAUAAAUAUUAAAGACAGAAAUUGUUGAUGUCAAAUAUUGUUUGAACGAAACUUAACGAUACAACAGAAUGUUGACAUUGUGUUGAUGCGUCUUAAAUCGCAUCGUAGCGUCAUUAUAUGCACGCGUAUUCGCUUCUAUGCGUAAUAUUCGUGACUAUGUGCAAAAUUCGACACACUUCACUGUGGCACACAAUCUAUGCGCGUUUAUCCGUACAAAUCGCAUAUAUGAAAAAGAGUAAAAAGCCCCUAGAUACACACACACACACAAUUGUCACACUUAAAUUCAUUAAAACUGUCUUUUUGAUCUUCGGAAUCACUAUUCUCUCAGUUUAUGGCUUCGUAUGACCCAACCCAAUAAAAAUACGUAUACAUUAUACUCUGUGCAAAUCGGUUGACAUUGAUACGAGACCGAGGUUCAUAAAAUCAAAACACCUCUGUGGUAACUUAUAUGCAUAUACAUAUUUAACAAUUUUAACUCAAUUGUUGGAAUAAAUCAUGUUAUUUUCAUUGAGGAAAGGAAAUUUGAUUUUUUCAGCCAAUUUCUCAAAAUUCAAUGAUCAAUCAAACAAAUUAGAGCCUUAACAUUGUAAGAGUGCCAUAAAAUGAAUAAUAAUUUUGAAGAAAAAAAAUCUAAAUUUACCGAGAAAAGUGUUUUAGAACUGAAUCAAAAGACUAUUUUAUCGUGAUUUUUUCAACAAUUCAAAUGAUCCGCUACCAAAAGACUCGAAUUUAUGUGCAUUGUGAGCUUAUGUCAGUUGAAAUGUGCUAUUUUGAAUAACCCAACUAAUAAAAUUGUUGCGAUAGAACCAACAAUUUAUAUCCUAUAUAGAAAUGAGCGUGUAUGGCUAAGCAUUUGCGAUCAAUAACAUGGAUUGCAUUUUUAUUAAUAAAUCAAUUGAACUACUAUCAA